AGGGGGGAUCGGUUUCGCGUGCCACGACUCUCGGUUCUCGGCCAGGACGCCUCGGUCGGAAUUCGCAUAUGCUUACGAGCCAGUUCGCAGCUUCGGCGGCCGGCAGCGUGAGCAGCGGUUUUGUACGCGCAAGCGUGACACGGAAUUUACAACAUGGCGGAACGCAGGAAGAGCAGGAAGCGUAAAGAUGAAGUAGCUGGUACGGACCCUAAGGUUGCCCAGGACAAACCGUCCAAGGAGGAGUACGCGGUGGCCAAGUGGAUCCGCAACAAUGUACCGUCGAAGAAGACAAAGUUCGAUAGGACUCACAUUGUGGAGUACUUCACUGGGUCGCGCGCGGUCGAUGCCCUGUUGGAGGGUUCACCCUGGAGCACGGUGUUCGAGAACCGCGAACAGGUCGCCCAAUUCCUGGACCUGAUGCUGAGACACAAGUUCUUUCACAGGGCCAAGAAGGUAGUGAUCUCCGAGGAGGAACUCAACAAAAUGCGAGGCAUUAAGAAGAAACCCAAAGACGCCAAGGAGGAUAGGAAGCCUGGGGAGAAGGAGAAGGACGAGCCCAAGGAAAGCAAGGACACGACGGUGGCGAAGGAUGAGAAACUCGAGGAGAAAUACGAUGAACGGAAGGAAUCCAAGAAGAAGCCAAAAGUGAGGCUAGAGAUGCACAUGGAACAGUACUUUGUAGAUUGUAAUGAUGCAUACGUGUGGAUAUACGAACCGAUUCCUGUGUAUUACUGGUUCUUUGGCACGCUGGUAGUCUUAGGUGCGAUAGGGGUCUGUCUCUUCCCGUUGUGGCCCCUGACCAUCCGUCACGGGGUGUACUACCUGAGCGUCGCUGCUGCAGGAUUCCUCGUAUUCAUAUUAGCGCUGGCUGUUAUCAGAAUGAUCGUGUUCUGUCUUCUGUGGGUGCCCACGCUGGGUAGAUGCCACCUGUGGCUGCUGCCCAAUCUGACGGCCGAUGUCGGCUUCUUCGCGUCCUUCUGGCCGUUAUAUCAGUACGACUAUUACGGUCCCACGUCUGAUAGCGACAAGAAGGUCAACAAAAAGAAAAGGAGGAAAGAGAAGGAUUCUGACUCCGAGGAUGCGCCGUUAACUCAGUCGGAAGAGAAAUCUUGCGCGGAGGAAGACGCGCCGAAGGAAGAGGCGCGAAUCGAGGAGCUAUCCCUGUCAAAUGAAGAGAGGAAAAUCUCGUCCGAUUCGGCGGAAGGGGAGGACAGCGGAGGCAGCGAGGAAGGCUCGGAAAGCGAGAAAUCUAAUACGGGUCGUGAUUUCGUUAUGGUUUAGGAGAACGGGGGCCGGGACGUCACAAUAGCUUUACAUUUACUGGAAAAAAAAAACAGCUGUAUCGCAUUAAUCAUCGCUGAAACCGAUAUAUGCUUGCGGUGCGUUAACCCGGUCGGACCCGGUUAUUGAAGCAUCAGCUUCGGACGGUUCGUCGUUAACGGAGCUCAGCGUGCGAAACUAAAAGAAACCGCCCGACCAGAUCCUCCAGAUUUGUUGCAUUUAAGUACUGUUGAUCACGGACAAAUAGAGAAAUCGCUUGUGAUCUUUUGCACGGAGAGAAUUUCCUGCGUCCGAGAGGUGUGUAAAAAAGAAUUGUCUGUAGAAAAACCUAAGCGUAACAAGACGUGUUUCACUAUAUACAUGUCCAGUGUGGAAGGAGGCGCGUCACGCGUAGUCACAAUAUUAUCGAGCGUAUAUCAGUUUCCGUUGAAUAAAUUGUGGAUACUGUUCGAAGUCUUCAAUCUCUCUUGUCGCGAUCGAUGUCUACCGACAACCGUUGAUUAAACGUUAGUUAAUUAAAAACAUGCACUGAGUUUCUCUCUCCGUUAGAUGUUUAAGAAUCUUCGAGUCGUGGGAGAGAAAUAAUUUAGCUGGAAGAGGAGGAAUCUCUCUCUCUUUACGGGUAACAGGACUUGAUGUUUUCUUCGCCAUUCGCCGAUUUAGCGCGAGUUCCUUUUUAGCAGAAAUUAUAUCCGAUUUUACAGAAUAUAUAUUCCGGUAUUACUAUAGGUAAUUUAUAUUUUUAUGCGGAGUUUAAUUUCGCGAAUAUUAUGAUUAUUGUUAUUAUUAUUAUUAUACUUUUUUGCGAUCACAAAGAUCCUUACAUAGGUACGCCACUCCUGGAUUUAUCUCUAUUUAAAUAAAAAUGAAGUGAAGCGU